AUUGGCUGCUUAUCAUAUGGACACUGUUUAAGUACACCCUUCUCCGCUUAUAUUUUUCCAUUGCGAUCAAAGGAUUUGAAGGGAUGAAACGAAUGAUGCUGAUAGCGUUGCUUGCGAGUUUUCUUGCGAGAGCAUCUGGCGUUCCGCUCCCCCCAAUGCUGAUUUGAUAGAAUCAAUGCCAAGGGGAGAUAUACCAGUGCCUCACCAGUUACGACCUGAAUCUCACAGACUGCCUACUGGUACUCAACAACAGAUAGCCGCACUGACCAAUCCAUGGGCUUCUUAACCCAACCCCAAUGCUGGUCUGAAUCCACUUUCUGCGCAAUAUCAGUACUUGCCCUAUGCCCAGCAGCCCCAGCUUUUCUACUAUCCUAUUUUUGAAACACUAACAAGGAAUCCAAUGUUCUCUUACAGAGUGCCUGUGUUCCAGCCUGUAACAUCUCAGCAAUAUCCUGCUAAUGCAGUUCCAGCUCCACUCGCUUCAAGGCCUUCAUGGCCAUUAACUGCACAAGCCAAACGACACAGACAAAAUGCUCCACAACUGCAUCCAAACCAGCCACAGCAGCAACAGGUUCCUUAUUUUUAUAUGAUCCCACAGAUUCAACAACAAAUGACUGGAACAUAUGGUGGUUUCAGCUCUGAGGAACUUCAGCAUGUGGGGCGCAUGGGUCAUGUUGGCAUGCACAUGCCUGCGCUGAGAGGCAAUGUUUUUCCUUUGGCUGCACCACAACCUGUUCCACAACCUUCCACACCAAUACCUUCCACACCAAUACCUUCCACGCCGCUGGAAUGGCCUACCCGGCCACUCCUGAGGUCAAGCCACCCAGUGUUGAUGCUGUACCCGCUACAGGAGCAUCCCACCCAAAUAAUGGAAUGAUGACCAGUGAGAUCACUAGUCUGCAGGACUGAGAUCAAACACCAUGUGAUCAAGGCCUGUCUGCUGAAAACCCCUUUCCCAACAAUGAAGAUUUGGCUUCUAGUCAUGGAACAUCCAUAUCGGUGUACAAGCCAGUCUUGCCCACUUCCCAACCAGAUCCCCAUCACAGUUAUCCUAAUCCAGUUCCCUCUUUGUUCCCAACACCAGAGUACAAAGAGGCUUUUGUUCCCGAGACCCCACCAAUACUUUCUGAUGCUAUUGAUACCAACACUGAUGUUUUUCCCUAAGAAAAAAUCUUUCAUGUUUAUAUUGCAACAUUUACACUACUUUGCAAUUUGUAUCAUGAUAAUGUGCUAUUGUUUUUUUUUAAAAAGAAAAUGUAUAUCUGUUAUGGUAUUUGGGUACUUAACAUGAAAUGCUGUUGGAAAGUUUACAUGUUCUGUGGUGUGAUAUGCUACUCCAUAUAAACUAUUUUAAACUGCAUUUUGCUUAUUAUUGCAUUUUAUAAUUGUUACUUUUAUCAUGCAUGCAGUCUUUAUGACCUCAUUCUAAUUAAGUGACUGCAUGAAAUAUGUGUUGUUUUUAAUAUGAAAUAGGAAGAAGUCAAAAAUAAAUUAAUCUUGAAAAAUGUAAAAGAGGCCAGUUGAAAACCCAAGAUUUUUGUACAAUUAUACACAAUUACACAAUUAUAUAAAUUUUAACCGAACAUCUUUAUAAUAUUUUUUACACAUUAAGACUACUCUGUGUUAAACUAUUCAAAUUUCAAAAUCAUUUAAACAUGAUUACUGUCUUGUGUGCUGUGAGUGAACUAUGUGUGUGGGCUUUAUCACCUUUA